GUGGAUCCCACGUGCGGGAGCCUGCACAGACGACAUGUCAGCAAUGGAGACCUAAGUGCUGAAGGUUGAACCUGCGGACACCACUUUUAGGAACUAAUCGACUUCAUCAUGUGGGUUCUCAGCAGCAAGCUCCUCCUCCUUUGGACGACAGGACUCCACAAGCAAGGACCUCUCUCAGCAGUGGUCUCUCAGUUUGCCUCUCACCAUGUCUCCGCGUCUCUCCUGUCCCCGGGGGACGGCGGCAUCAAACCCGUGGCGAAGAGUCGGCGCAGGACGUCGGGUACCUCCACUGACCAACGCAAGAAUGGUGGGUCUGAUGGUUGGCAGAGACCGGAGAGGUCAGCGCGGAGUGAAACUUGGAAAGGGGAGAGCCCGGAGUGGCCGAGGAGGGAAGGGGACAGCAGAGUGUCAUCUGAGCUCAGGAGACUGAGUCUGGAUGACUUCCCCGCGGAGAAGGCGAAGAUGGCGGGACAGAAGUCCACGGCGCACGCCCGAGAAGCGCCCUACGAGGUCCUCUUUGGGGUUGCCCCCUGCCUCUUGGCUCUCACUCAGGGCAGAAGGAGGGCCAGAAAGCUCUUUGUCAAAGACGGCGUGGCCUCCCACCGGGCCGCCGUGUUGGAGGUGUGCGAGGAGGCCCAUCGGCGAGGCGUCCAGGUGCAGCGGAUCAGCAAGAAGGAGCUGGACAGGAUGUCCUCCGGGCGACUGCACCAAGGGGUUUGUCUGCAGGCGAGCCCCCUGGCCUACCUCGCUGAAGACAGGGACCCCCCCGCCCCCACCGGGAGAGACCCCCCCCUCUGGCUCGUCCUGGAGCGGGUUCAGGACCCGAUGAAUCUCGGCGCCAUCCUGCGCUCGGCCUACUUCCUGGGUGUCGACAGGGUCGCCAGCAGCCUCCGCCACAGCUGCCCGUUGUCCCCCGUGGUCAGCAAGGCCAGCUCGGGGGUCAUGGAGGUGAUCGGCGUGUACGGGUACGAGAGCCUCCAAGACAUGCUGAAGGUGAAGGUGGCUCGGGGCUGGCAGGUGGUUGGCUCGGUGGGGGCCGGGGCGGAGGAACCCCCGAUCCCUGUGACCUCCUGUUUGGACUUUCGGAUGACUAAACCCACGGUGUUGUUGAUGGGGGGCGAGGGGGAGGGGCUGUCCCGGGAGCUGCUCUCUCUGUGCCAAACCCUCCUCACCAUCCCGGCCGGCAGGGAGCUGUUCCCUGGCGUGGAGUCGCUCAACGUCUCCGUGGCUUCGGGCAUUCUGCUGCACGCUCUGCUGUCCUCCAGGGGGUCCGCUGGACGGUGAUCGCCCUAAAGCUGCUACUGGAGGGGGGGGCGUUUAUGUGGUUCUGAAACGCCGUUCAGUCCUGAUCCUCCAUAUGACCUCCAUCGCCAAACAAGACUAUCAGAGAGACGUUUGUUUAUUUGUAAACGGUUCUCCUUCAUCUGUGCCACUGGGUCGCAGUCUGUUGGGACCGGAUGACGUCAUGCAGGUUUACCAGAACUUCCUUCAGCUCAGACUCCGCCGGGGAAGCCUUGGACCUGCAGUAAGUUCAGCUCAGCUCCCCACAGCAGCAGCACCGUCUCCUCUUCUUCCUCCAGGAGCAGAGUUUCUCCUCUCUGGUGGCCAACACCACGCUACUGGGGAGGGAGUCCCAGAACAACCAGAAACCAAUUCUAAAAAGAUGGUGAUAUUCAAUUUCUGCACCUUCUGUCUGUAAAUUCUGACAAUGAAUGUGUAAUAACAAGUAUUGUGUGUAUCAAAGCCUGAUGUCUCUUCUUCCUCUGAGGAGUAGAGCUCCAUUAAAAACCUUUUAAUGAG